UUUGUGCGAGAAGAAAGCACAAGUGAAAGCGGCGUCGCGCGCUCUGCACAGACAGGGCCGUGUAGGUUGAGUCUACAUGGUUCUCAUGGCGAGUUUAAGGAGGACCCACCGUGACGCACCAGUACGAACAGACCAGCCUCGCUGACUGUGUGGCACAUCCGAAAGUGAGUUAUAGGAAAAUGGCAGAAGUCGCUCCGGCUCCCGCAGCCGCUCCGGCCAAGGCACCCAAGAAGAAAGCGGCACCUAAGCCUAAGAAAUCAGGUCCCAGUGUCGGGGAGCUGAUUGUGAAGGCUGUGUCCGCUUCCAAAGAAAGGGGCGGCGUGUCUCUUGCCGCUCUGAAGAAGGCUCUGGCAGCCGGCGGCUACGACGUGGAGAAGAACAACUCCCGCGUAAAGCUAGCGAUUAAGGCUCUGGUGACCAAAGGGACUCUGGUUCAGACCAAGGGAACCGGCGCCUCUGGCUCCUUCAAGCUGAACAAGAAGCCGAGCGAAACCGUCAAGAAGCCCGCGAAGAAAGCCGCUCCUAAGGCCAAGAAGCCAGCAGCAAAGAAACCCGCAGCGGCGAAGAAGCCCAAGAAGGCGGCGGCCUCAGCAGCGAAGAAGCCGGCGGCCGCCAAAAAGUCUCCCAAGAAGGCAAAGAAGCCGGCCGUAGCCAAGAAGGCGACCAAGAGUCCCAAGAAGGCGAAAAAGCCGGCGGCAGCAAAGAAGGCCACCAAGAGCCCAAAGAAAGCCAAGGCAGCCAAGCCUAAAGUCGCUAAACCCAAGGCUACCAAAGCCAAAAAAUCCGCUCCCAAGAAGAAGUGAAGGAACAGGCGCUGACUUCCAGACC